GAUAGCUGUUUAUUCUUUUCUUUAAUCAUUUCUCUCUUCCCCCACUCCACUUAUUUUCUCAAAAUGAAAUUUCUUCGUUUGACAAUUUAUUAGCAGCACCUGAUUUUUUGUUUUUCCAACAAAUAUUUAUUUCACUUUUGCCCUCGUGUUUCCGGCAGAUGUUGAUGAAAGUGAAAGGAGGGUGAUUGAUUUAUAGUAAGAAAAUUGUGUAGUGGUUGUGGUUAGCUCCUUUUUCAACUCAUUUACCUUUCAUCAAUUAUUAUUAAUUAUUUUAUUAAUAUUAUAAUAAUGAAUAGUGUUCCCCAAUUUCUUUGAUUGUAUACUGAUGCAAGUAAGUAAAGCAAUUUACUAAUUGAAAGAGAGAGUUCAGACUUAAUAGAAAGCGGCUCACGAUUUGAAUAAAGGGUUGACAUGGAUUGCCUCAGAUCCAGAUAAGUGAAGAAGAGUCCAGAGAAUAAAGAAGGCAAGAUUUCCAGAGAAGUUAUAUUCAUGGUGACACUUUUUUUUUUCACGGAUGGUAGUUGGUGUCUAGUUUCUAGCUCACCAGAUCUGACAACUCACUUCAUAUUUUAAAACCCCUCUUUCAGUUGAUUGCGAUGCUUCGAUCCAUCAUCGCCGAAUCGAAGUUUCCGUAACCUUCUCCAUACAUACAUACACACACAUAGAUAUAUUGUGGAAAUGCCGACAAUUCAUCCAUUUUCACUUCUAGAUUUUUUCGUCGUACUAUAGAACAACGACAGGUCGAUUAAGUCAAGAUGGGCGGUGGGUUAGCUUUUGCUGUUUAGAUAGUGAUUUCGAUGGAGGAUACGUAUGGGGCGGUGGUUGUUGCAUUGCCAUUUAAGUUAGGUAAUUCGAAUCUUUUUACAAUCCUCUGAUUCUUGAAAAAAGGAAAAAGUUGUAUGGAUGUAAAUGUAAUGAACUUCAAUUUGAUGGCCGAUCGAGAUAGCUUAUUCCCCGAUUCCGAGAUUAAAAGCACCGGUAAUUCGGUAGAUGGUGACAAUGAGGAUUGUAGUUUCGGUGAUUCCGAAAGUGAAGUUAGUUUUACGGUUUUGAGGAGUGGAGUUUCUUCUGUAAUGGCGGUGACUUCAGAAGAUGAAGGCAAUUGGCUGGCUACAGAUGGAUCUUCGUUGGAGGGCGAUCCAAUUCUUGACAGCUCGUGCUCUUUGUCUGUGGUGAGUGAUACUAGUAGUCUAUGUGGCGACGAUUUAUUGGGCUUUGAUCCAAAUUCUGAAAUCGGGGCCCACUUUUUGGAGGUCGAUAAGAGCUUAUGUGGCGUUGAGCUUAUUUCCAAUACGAGAGAUUUGGUGGUGGGUGAUUCGCUAUCUGUGGACCCCACUUUGAAAUUGGUCGAUCCUCAGUUAGAUAAUAAUAAUAAUACUAAAGGGGUAAGCAUUCGGACAAGCCGGAGUAUAUUUGAGGUGGAUUGUGUGCCUCUUUGGGGUUUUACAUCUGUUUGUGGUAGGAGGCCCGAAAUGGAAGAUUCCGUUGCGACUGUGCCUCGGUUAUUAAAGAUUCCUCUCGAGAUGCUUAUUGGAAAUCGAGUUAUUGAUGGAGUGUCGGCCUGUUUAAGUCAUUUGACGGGCCAUUUCUUUGGAGUCUAUGAUGGCCAUGGAGGAUCUCAGGUUGCUAAUUAUUGUCGAGAUCGUAUGCAUACUGCAUUAAUGGAGGAGUUGGAAAUUUUAGUGACUAAUGGAAGUAGUAAUAAGGAGAGCUGUGAAGAGAUAUGGAGAAGGGCUUUCACAAAGUGUUUUAUCAAGGUUGAUGAUGAGAUUGGAGGGCAAAAUGGUCAAGAACCUAUUGCUCCGGAAACUGUGGGGUCCACUUCUGUGGUUGCCCUAGUUUGCUCUUCGCAUAUAAUAGUGGCCAACUCCGGUGAUUCGAGGGCUGUGCUCUGCCGUGGCAAAGAACCGGUGGCCCUCUCUGUCGAUCAUAAGCCAAACCGAGAAGAUGAAUAUGCAAGAAUCGAAGCGGCUGGAGGGAAGGUAAUACAGUGGAACGGGCAUCGUGUGUUUGGUGUUCUUGCAAUGUCGAGGUCUAUCGGAGAUCGAUAUUUGAAGCCGUGGAUAAUUCCGGAUCCUGAAGUAAUGUUUGUGCCACGAGCGAAAGAGGACGAAUGUCUGAUUCUGGCAAGUGAUGGGUUGUGGGAUGUUAUGACAAACGAGGAGGUUUGCGACAUGGCUCGUAAAAGAAUAUUACUAUGGCAUAGAAAUAACGGGCCCACACUUCCAUCGGAAAGGGGCGAAGGAAUCGAUCCUGCAGCUCAAGCAGCGGCCGAGUACCUGUCGAAUCGCGCGCUUCAAAAGGGCAGCAAGGAUAAUAUCUCUGUAGUUGUGGUAGAUCUAAGGGCUCAGAGAAAGCCCAAGAGCAGAAAUUAGCAUAAAUUUCUCUCUUCUUUUUUCUUUUUUUAUUAUUUUUCUUUUCUUUCUUUUUUUUUUAAUCAAAGAAUGGAGAAUUUGGAAUUGUGCCCAUGUGUUUUUCAUCAAGGGCUGUUAUAGAUUCUUCACUAGAAAUGCAGUUCUUAAUUUGUAUGUAAUAGUAGGCGUUUAACGCUCUGGAAAAACUCGUUCGGAGUCUCGAAAUUCAUCUCCAUUUGCUGCCUAUGCAAUGUAGCUAUUCUAAGUGUAGAGAAUUUGGAAGAAUGAAUGAAAUGCCCUU